CACCACCUCCAACAACACACAACAACCCAUACUUAUUAUGGCUCUUUCUACUUCCAUCCUCUUCCAACAUCUCCUCCUCUUCCUUUUCAUCUUCCACCACCCCCCACCGUGCUCCGCCGCCGGUGGAUCAUGGUCCCUUCUCGUCGAAAACGCCGGCGUAUCCGCCAUGCACAUGCAACUACUUCCAAACGACCGUGUUGUAAUGUUUGAUCGAACCGAAUUCGGCAAGUCCGCCAUCAACCUACCCAAAUGCCUCCCCGAUUUAGCCGACUGCUCUGCCCAUUCUGUCGAGUUCGACGUCGAAAAGAAGACCAUUCGUCCGCUUACUAUACGUACCGACACUUGGUGCUCCUCAGGAAGCCUAACCCCUGAUGGAAACCUUGUCCAAACCGGCGGUAAUGGCAACGGUGCUAAAGGGAUUCGGGUUUAUAAAUCGUGUGAUACGUGUGAUUGGCAAGAGACGCCUAACGGGAUGGCUAAAGGGAGAUGGUAUGCUACUAAUCAUAUAUUGCCGGAUCAUAGGCAGAUUGUGAUCGGUGGUCGCCAGGAGUUUAACUAUGAGUUUGUCCCAAAGGGUGCGGGAGAUGAUCAGGCUAUUGAUCUACCAUUUCUGGCUCAAACUAAUGAUGUGAAUGAGAACAAUUUAUACCCACCAACUUUUUUAUAUUCUGAUGGUAAUUUGUUUAUUUUCGCGAAUAAUCGAGCUAUUUUGUUCGAUUAUGUUAAGAACCAAGUCGUCAAGACGUACCCCACAAUGCCCGGUGGUGAACCGAGGAGCUACCCGAGCUCUGGAUCGGCGGUUCUACUGCCUUUACAUGUUAAAAAAGGGGUGGUGGACGCUUAUGAGGUUUUGGUAUGUGGGGGUGCACACAAAGAAGCAUUCAAUAAUGCAUUGAAUGGGAAGUUUGAUGAGGCUUUGGGCGAUUGUGGGCGGAUCAAGAUAUCGGAUCCGAACCCACAAUGGGUUAUGGAGGCCAUGCCAGGGCCUCGAGUCAUGGGUGACAUGGUGUUGCUCCCGAAUGGGCAUGUUUUGAUUAUCAAUGGUGCUACGAAAGGAGUUGCAGGGUGGGAUCUAGGGCGGGACCCAGCUUUCCACCCUGUAAUUUACAGACCCGAUAAUAAAAUCGGGUCUAGGUUUGAGGAGCAGAAUCCAAGCGAUAUACCGCGAGUGUACCAUUCCACUGCGGUUUUGUUAAGAGAUGGUCGCGUUCUUGUUGCUGGAAGUAACCCUCACGAAAAAUACGAAUUCGGGAACGUGCUUUUCCCUACCGAAUUGAGAGUCGAGUCGUUUUCACCGGAUUAUUUGGAACCAGUAAGUGCAGAUUCACGGCCUGAAAUAACCGCGCCCAAUAAUAACCUUGAGAUGCAGUAUGGAAAACAUUUCGAUAUCUCAUUCACCGUAAAAGGCCCUGUGGACCCGAAUAUGAUCUCCGUGACAAUGUUGGCACCACCGUUUAACACGCACUCGUUUUCUAUGAACCAAAGGCUGUUGUUUCUUGAUAGCGACGUGCCCGUCAAGGAUGCGGGAGAAAAUAGCUAUACUGUCGGUGUGACCGCGCCUCCUUCGGCCAACAUUGCUCCAGGAGGAUAUUAUUUGGUGUUUGUGGUACAUAAAGAUGUUCCAAGUCCAGGGAUAUGGGCAAAGAUUGAGUGAUAAGUAUUAGCAAGAAACCGUACCACUAUUGUAUUGGUUUGUUACUGUUCUUUUUAAAUUGUCUUACUUUCAACGGACCAC